AUGGCGACGGAGGCGAUGCUGCAGUUGGGCAUUUUAAUCCUAACCCUUUCUUUGUUCUUCAUCAUGCACAGUAUUCGUAGCCAAACAACCCAAGCCAGAACCCGAACCCGCAACAACAACCGCCAACCGGAACCGAAUCGCCACCUGACCCAAGCAUCGCGCCACCUGGCUCGGGCCAGAUCCACCUCGCACCGAGACCAACACGCCAAGAGCGCUCUCAUGGAAACCGACAAGGCCCUCUCCAUCUGGCCCAGGGACCCGUGGGCCCACAUCCUCCGAGCCCAAGCCCUAAACCUCAUGGGCCACCGCGCCGCCGCCAUCAAGUCCCUCGACGCCGCCCUCUCCUCGCCGGCGGCCAAGUCCCUCUCCGCCGCGGAGCGCGCGGACGCGCUCGUGAGGAGGGCGGAGCUGAAGGUGGGCGUAAACCGGCGGCGGCGGCGGCGGCGGAUUGAGUCGGCGAUAGAGGAUUUGGUGGAAGCAGUGGAGGUGAAUGGAAGGAAAGGGAAUGAGUCGGAGGUGAUGUGUCUGCUUGGAAAGUGUUACGAAUGGAAGGGAAUGAAAGAAGAGGCCAUGGAUGCGUUCCAGAAGGUUCUUGAGGUUGACCCCGAUUCGGAGGAGGCUCGCAAUGGGUUGCAUCGAUUAGGACUUUUUACAGAUAAAUGA